CCCUGGCGGCGGCGCGGCCGGAAAUGGCGGCGCGGCGCGGGCGGGACGAGCCCAACGCGGUGGCGCGGCUGUCGCAAUGGGCAGACGACCACCUGCGCCUCGUGCGGGCCGCCGGCGCCGUCCUGGGCCUGGCCGGGCUGCUGCUGCUGGGCCGGAGCCUGCGGCUGACGUCCAGGUUCACCCGCGCCUCGGACAUCCCUGUGGAGUUCCUCAGGAAGCAGGUGAAGCUCCGCGGGCGCGUGAGGCGCGUGACGGCCGACGGACUGGAGAUUGAGCACAUUCCCGUGAUCCUGCCGCUCCUGGCUCGCUGGAGGAGAGGGGAGCCGGCUGGGACCCUGCAGGUGCGGCUGGCCGGGGUGGAGCUCACGGCGGCCGGGCACGAGUGGCUGCAGCAGGAGCUGCUGCCAGCACAGGCGCUGUGGUUCCAGCCGCUGGGCACGCAGGGGCCGGCACUCCUAUGCUUCCUGCUGGUGAGAAAGGGAAGGUUCUUCAGUGUGAACCUGAACGAAGAGGUCCUGCGGUGCGGGCUGGGCAAGGCGGUACCGGUGGACGGGCUGAGCCAUGAGGACGCGGCCUACUGGAGUGUACACCGGCGUCUGCUUCGUGCCGAGCUGGCCGCCGUGCGUGCCGGCGUGGGGCUGUGGGCUGAGCCCGAGGCUCAGGGUGGCCGCCUGCAGCGAAUCCGCGGCUCCUGGCAGCAGGCAUGGGCCCAGGGCUCGUCCUGGGCGCAGAGGCUCUGGCAGCUGCUCCGCCGAGGACCAUUUCCCCGGAAAGACUGAGGCAGGAGGGCCCAGGCCGGCCUGGCGGGAUGCCGGGAACACUGCCAGCCUGCCCAGACGCCCACCUGCCUUUCUGUGUCCGAUGGAGCCGGGGUGAGGCCAGCACUGCCCCCCAGAACCCACAGCCCUGAAGGCGCCCUUCCACCUGCUCAGGGGUCGUUCUGUCCAGUUUUGUUCAUUCCCCGCCCUCCCCUCCCAGGGCUAUUCGUCAUGCAGUGCUCAGGACGGUACCAGGGAUCAAACCUGAGCCUCCUGGUUGCAAAGUCUGUGGUCAGAGAAGAGUAGGAGCACUGUGGGGAGAGCAUUGGAUUUGCACUCGGCAUCCGGCAUCCCACAUGGCCCCCGAGUACUGCCAGGAGUCACCCUGAGCAUCGCCGGGCGUGGGCCCAAAAUGAACCACCCAAAGCCUGCUCCCAGCUCCACCCAGACAGAUCUGUGAGCACAGAGCCAGGAGUCACCCUGAGCACUGCCGACCCCCAUCCCCCAACCAGCACCAGCAGCCCAGCCCUCCUUGGGGUGGGGGGAUCGCUGUUUCAUGCACUGAAAGCAUGUGCGAGGCCUGGCUUUGCAGGAGGGCCCCCAAGCACAGCAGGUGACCCUCAGAAAAAUGCUUCAGGAGAAAACCUUUUUGUGUGAAAAGAGUGUGGAUUUUGAAAAUAUUUAUUUUGGGCGCAUCAAGCAUCCUGUACGUGUUCUGUAAAGAUUCAAUAAACGAAACAGACGCCGA